UCUUCUGUUGUACGCGUUGGUGAAUCUCGGACGCGCCUAGAUGCGACCAAAGCCCUAAAGAAUUCCGACAAAGAACGUGGUCGACGUAUGUUGGGCAUUUUGCAAGGCACAUUGAACCAGUUUCGAGCGGAAUCCGCUGCGGCCGUGACCAAACCUCAGAUGGCCAAACGUCGUGAGAUCGAUGCAAAAUUGGAGGCCCGUGCCGAAAAGGAACGCGAAGUGCUUCGACGCGAACGUGCCGAAUUAUUCCGUGCCCGACGAGAACAACAGUUAGAAGUUGCACUGCUCCAGGAAAAAAUGCGAGUAGCCAAAGGUUUUGAAUUGUGGAAAGACGAAAUGGAAAAAAUGAUGGGUUUCUGUCGAACCGAGGUAUCGCCGCAUAUAUUCUUUCAACCCAAGGUACACAAUCAAGAAUCCCGACGUCGGACCGAAGCAACGGCUUCGGCAAUUCGUGAUAUGAUCAAUCGUCGAAAGCGGAAGUUGGAUAUCAAUUUUGAAGAGACUUGUGCCGCGCGUCGUCGUUUCUUAGGUCCACAAGCGAAUAAAGAUAAGGUAAAUGACGACCGAGAUAGCCCUAAAAGUGAUGAUCAUCCCUCUUGGUCAUCGAUCAGUCGCGAUGGCCCGGUGUUAAACAGUCUUGUUUCUAACGCCAAAUCAACGUCGGCUUUUGAAUCCAGUGUUUCGAAAACCGCUAGUCGUCGUCCUGACCCUUCCGACACUGAGCACGCGGAUUCAGGCGAUGAGUCAGAUGCCAGUGAGACUUUCGCGAUCGAGGGUGAUGAGGAACCUCUAUUAAUGGAAGAAGAGCAUUUAACGGCAACUGCCAAUACCUCCGGCCCAGUUCAUUCACCGUUGGAUCGAACAGUUGCUAGUUCUGGACCUAAUCCAGAUUCCCCACAAAGUCAGCGAGAUAUCCUGGAGGCAAUACAUCAGUCUCCUUCUGGGCAUGAUGACACCCGGACUGUACGGUUGGAAUAG